AUGGAGUCAGAGUCACCUCACAUGGACACGACAGCGUCCCAGACGGGCGCCAGCCAGACAGCUGCUGGACAGGACGAAACUGGCGCAAAGAGGAAGGCGGAACCGCAAAACGGAACACCUACGCGCACUAAGCGGAAUCGCUAUAUUUCUAUUGCCUGUAAUGAGUGCAAGCGGAGGAAGAUCAAGUGUAAUGGACAAGUGCCGUGUCAGCGCUGCGGGCAUUUGGAUCUAGAAUGUCGAUAUGCGCCGAAUUGCUGUAACAAUAAUUUCAAGGAUUCCGAGGAAUUUCGGUCCAUGAAGGACCAAAUCACCAACUUGCAAGACCAGGUUAACAGCCUCUUCUCCAACUUGAAUGACCUCCGCAUACAGCAGAGGACGUCUCUUGACCCUCCGAAUUUCGAUGCUUUAUCUCGCGAAGGAUCACAAGUCUUCACGCCUUUGCAGCACGGUUCGGUUAGACCGCGGGUCAGACAUCCCCGGUUUCAGGGCCCUACGAGCUCUGCAUUCAAUUUCGACGUUGCGAGGUCAAGUCUUCAGGAAAUGGGUAUCGCUGCACCAGCAGAAGAUGGGAUAGUUGAUGACUUGACGACUGUUCAUGCCACGCCUGCUGUCUCGCCUCCAUUACAUCCACCUCCGUCAUCGCAGUUGGCACCGGUUUUGAAUACUAUCCAUCCUUCCAAGGACCCAAUAUGGAGUAUAAAACGGGAAGAAGCGCUACGGCUAUGUAGAGUCUACGAGGAAGAGAUCGGGAUCAUGUAUCCCCUUGUGGAUAUCGGGAAAAUCACUCAGCAAGUGAACCUAUUAUACACAUUUAUGGAGGCUGCAAUGCGAACAGGCUUUGCGCAGCGUGGUCUACCAGGCUCGGACGGUCUUCAGGAUGAUAAUACCAAUAUUUUAAAGAUGAUCCUUGCAACGACCCUCGUUGUGGAAGGGAGUGGGCAGAGCGAUCUCGGUUUGCGGUUGUAUUUGAGCAUGAAGCCGGUCGUCGAUUCCAAGCUUUGGCAGCCUUUGGAUAUUAGAACUAUUCAACUAUAUGGCUUGGUGGCAACUUACCAUUUCCAUACGGACGACGAUGCUAUGGCUUACCGUGUGAUCGGUCUUACGGCUAGGAUGUGCCUUGAAUUGGGACUACAUCGACGAGAUGCGUUGAAGAAAUCAUUCCCCGACGAAGGCCAAUGGUCUGAUGUCAGCAAAAUCUUCUGGUCUAUCUACAGCUUGGAUCGACGGUGGAGUUUGGGCACAGGGUUGCCGUUUGUGAUUCAGGAUGAGGAUAUUGAUCCUAAUUUGCCAGAACCGGAUUCAUCGUUGCCAUACCUGAGGUGUAUGGUUUCGUACAAUCGAAUUGGCUCUAAGAUCUGGUAUUCCGGACUAGGUUCCGAAGGCUCUACGGACAUUCGACGUGAUGAAAUCGGUUAUCUUGACUAUCAGAUUCUUCAAUGGUACAAAAACGUACCGGAUGCGUUGAAAUUCUACCCCUUCGACUCCCCGAAGCACGGGGAAUCCGCAAGUCGCGGACUUCGCCGUCUCCGCGUAUUGCUAUAUCUGCGCAUGAACCAGCUUCGAAUCCUCAUAUAUCGUCCCGUCCUCCACUCGCCGGCAAGCAUUGCGGAGGAUCACAGCCACGCUCAAACAGUGAUCGACGUCGCCAAAGACACCAUCCAAGUCCUUACCCGCCUCAAUCAAACCUCCGACAUCUACCGUACGCAACAAAUCUGCUUCAACUACUUCCUCGUUGCCGCUCUAGCAGUCCUUUUCCUAGCCGUAUGCCACGCAUCCACCGAAUUCAACCGCCAGGUACGGGACGAAUUCUACAUGGCCUUGGACCUGCUCAACGGCUUCAGCACCAAAUCCUACGUCUCCAAACGGCUUUGGAAAACUAUAAAGGGCCUUCGAACCAUCGGCGAGAAACUGGGAGUUCUGGCACGUCCAUUUGCUUCAGACUCCAACGACCCUCAUUCAACAGCUGCUGUCGCGAUGGCCGGAUUGGCUGGUCAUUCCAUAGAAGAUCUCUCGAUGUAUGGGUCCAUGAAUGGGGCGCACGAGCUGGGAAAUAGUCCGCUGAACGGGCUGCAGAUGAGCCACGAACUUACGAAUCUGUUUGAAGCUGUUGGGGGAUUUGGUAAUUUUAUGGGGCCGUCUGGGACUGGAGCUAUGAAUGGGUUUGGACAUAAUGGGGAGAUUUCUAAUACGGGAGAGGGACUAUCGGGGGUAUUGGGGGAUGAGGGGGAAUUUGCACGAGUAAUACGAGAUCUGUUCUAG